AUGGAAUCUCAAUUCUUCAAAAUACUUAUUCUAAGUUUAUUACUGAAAAACUUGGAAGGCACCCCGAACAACUCAACUGAGCUGGACGCUGAAGACUUCUUGAACGUCUACUUUCUGCCCAACACACUAGUGCUAGAGUCUGACCUUGUGGAUGGAGAUGGUAUCCUUGUGGAUAAUGGUACCUUCAACAGAAACGCCGACGUGGAUUCUGCUUUGAGUACAAUGAGUUAUCAUAGAUCAAUGAUCAACAAAUACCUCUGCAGAAACUAUUUGGCCAACGAAAUUCUAUCAGAGGUUGAUGGGGGAGCCAAUAUUCCUGUGCCGGCAAUACAUACGCAUCUCCAUCACGGAGGGGCGGCACUGAAUAAUUUGCCGCCCCUGGCUGGGACGGAUUACGGGGGGCUGCAUCAUGGGGUGGAUUAUGGAGGUGGACAUGGCUACAGUCACAUACCAGAUCAUCACGUUCAUGUGGACCAUGAUCACGGACAUUAUCACGGCCACGGUCACGGACAUGAUGAGGAGAAAGGAUUGGCUCUUAAAGAUUUGUUCGAUUUGGCAUUGACCGCUCUAGCGUUCCUCGCUUUUGGCAUGUUUGUGCUAAACCUUAUCCUGACUUGUUUCAGUGUACAACCCCCUACAGUGGUAAUGAUGAUGAAUGGUGGUGGAGAGGGGGGUGAAGAGACAAGGUUCACACGUGUCAAACGAGGAGCUAUAAAUCCUGAAUACCUCAAUCAGGUAAGCUACAAUGUGGUGAGAUCCAUAGACGCCUUGGCUAGCCUCCAACAAGGGUCCCCACACCAGGAACACUGUUUGAGGCUAUCCCUCUGUGAAAGCAACAAAUUUGCUCGAGAACUGCCGAGUCAGCAACAGGUUUGGGUGCCUGUUUGGAGCUUCGGUCUAAGUUGGAUAAGUGGAAAAAUGAGAGGGAAAUCCGAGUCCAUGCUGGAGUAUUUGAGAGCUAUAAUUUUAGGCAUGGGUAAAGCUCAAUGUGAAAGAGUUUAUUCACAAUGUAAGCAGGAAAUGUGAAAUUUGGUUAAUAAGAUAUUUUUGAAGAUUGGUAGGAGAAUUAACUUAAUAGAAUUUAGAAAACUUUAUAGAAAAUUGAGUUUUAUAGAAUUUAGAAACAAGUGAAUAAUUUUGUAAUUUAUAACUAGAUGAUAGCAAAGAGAAACAAUAGCGUAAGUA